AUGAGGUUCUCUAUCACAAAAGCGUUCAUUGUAGCGCUCGCAACCACUGAGAUUGCAGCCGCUAGCAGCUGGUUCCCAGGCAGCAAAGCUGCAUAUAACAAAUGGCAUGAGACCGAGUUGGAACGAUGGCUCUCAGACCACGAUGUUCCAUACCCCUCCCCAGCUGAUCGCAAAGACCUGGAAAGCCUUGUCAAGGACAACUGGCAAGCCAAUGUAGUUGAUCCAAUUUCCUCUACUGGAUCGAAAGUCGAUGAUCACUAUGGUGGUGUCAAAGGCUGGAUCUUCGAUUCUUGGACCGAGUCAAGCCUGAAAUCCUUCCUUGACCAUCACAAUGUCCCAGCUCCUCAGCCACGCAACCGAGACAGCCUCCUUGCUGCUGCCCGACAGAAUUACGAUGCCAUUGCCAAGAAGGCUGGCGAAUACUCUCAAUACCCUGGUGACUGGCUCUACCACUCCUGGUCAGAGUCAGACCUGAAAGAGUUUCUAGAUGCCCGUGGUCUUCCUUCUCCUCAGCCAACAACCCGAGACAAGCUUAUCGCGUCAGUCCGACGCAAUGCCCGGCUUUCGAGCCUCAACAUGUCUGCCGCUGUAUCAUCCGCUUCCAAAUCCGCUGCAAGUGCCACUGCUGGCGUCAGUAAGUCUGCUGCAAGUGCACAACAGAGUUUGAGUGACGCUCUCUAUGAUGCCUGGUCUGACAGUCAGCUUAAGGAGUUCCUCGACCGCAACGGCAUCCCAGUUCCUCAAGGUAGCCGAAAGAACGAGCUGAUUGCUCUUGCACGAAAGAACGCAGCUAAAUUCUCUGGCAACGAACAAUCGUCGUUGUCUGCGUCCGGCGCUUCUGCCUAUGGUGCUGCUACCUCGAGCGCUGGCAACCAAUACGCCAAGGCUACUGAUGCUACUCAGCAAAAGGGCGAGGAAGCUUUCGAUGCUGCCCUCAGUUCAUGGUCUGAUUCCAGAAUCAAGGCAUAUCUUGACUCCCGUGGCGUCCCUGUUCCGCAAGGUGGUAAGCGUGAUGAGCUCCUUGCUCAGGCCCGCCUUAACAAGCACAAAGCUUCGACUGGUUAUUCUGCCUGGACUUUCGACACCUGGACAGCAGAGAACCUACAGAAAUACCUUGACAGCCAAGGCAAGAAGGCCAAGAAGGGUGCCAAGGCCAAUCGCGACGAACUCGUCAAGCAAGCUCAAGAUUCCUAUGCCUCUGCCUCAAAGAAGGGUGGAAACCAAUACGCAUCAGUCACGAACUAUCUAGCUAAGCAAACUGACGCUGCCAAGGCGAACGUCUUUGACACCUGGUCUGACAGUGAUCUCAAAUCUUACCUUGACUCCUAUGGUGUGACCAAUUACCAAGGUAAGACCACCAACGAGCUACGGGCCGAGGCCAAGAAGCAAUACAACUAUUUCAAGCAUGGCUCCUCUACGCCAUCUGGCACGGUCUUUGCUCAGCUUCAAAACGUCUUGUUCGCACCUUUGCAGUACGUUUACAACUUGGUCGCGCCUGCUGCUUCCUCGGCAUCUGGUGCCGCUGUAGCAUCUGCUUCUUCGGCCUCAGGCGUUGGUGGCAAGUCUGCCUCCUCUGCUUCAAGCGCUGCCUCCGCUUCGGCGUCUUCCGCCUCAAGUGCUGCUUCGGCUUCAGCCUCUUCUGCCUCGAGCGUCGCUGCAGCAAGUGCGUCUUCUUUGAAGAACGAGUUGUAA